AUGAAGGGAACCCUGGAGCUAGUGCCUGGUCUGGUGGUGGUGGAGAAUACAGCAGUUGAAGUGAUUGAUCAUGAUCCAGCUGGUAGAUUUAAAAGCUUGUUACCAAUUGGAAAAGGAGGAUUCGGACAAGUAUAUAAGGGACAAUAUGUAGGAAAGAACAAAGAUCUCGCCAUAAAAGUAGUCAAUGUCAGAAAGAACAAAGAAAACAUUGAACUUGAAGAGAUAAACCUUUUGUGGAAAUGUCGCGGACAGAAGAAUAUUGUCCAGCUGUACGGCGCCAUGCUCCAUGUCACAGAGCCAUCACUGGACAACAGACUCUGGUGCGUCAUGGAGCUUUGCGAAGGGGGUUCCAUUAGGGACCUUAUGAGCCAGCAAGUUGCAAGGACCCUUCCAGAACACUGGAUACAGUACCUCUGUCGGCAGGUGCUAAUGGGAUUGAAAUACUUGCAUAAGAACUGUAUAAUCCACCGAGACCUAAAGGCUAUGAAUAUCAUGCUGACAGCCAAAGCGCAAGUAAAGAUAAUUGAUCUCGGCCUGGCCAUACAGUUAAGCAGCAAAGAUGCUAGAUUUACAGGUACUGCAGGGACCCGAAGAUGGAUGGCCCCUGAAGUACUUCUCUCUCACCGAAAACAGAAAGUAACGUAUAACACCAAGUGUGACAUAUGGUCUCUAGGAAUUACUGCCAUUGAAAUGGCAGAAGGAAACGCACCAUACAGCAAGGUGCCCAAGGAUCAAGUAAAGGCAAUGAUUGUUAACAAUGACCCUCCAACUCUGAAUGCGGAUGUCUGGUCUAAAGAAUUCCAGACAUUCAUUGCAUGCUGCCUGAAUAAAAAUCAGUUUAGUAGACCAACAGCCGAAGAGUUACUAAGGAGCAAGUUUAUAAGAAAACAGCCCAAAGCAUCUCUGGCACAAAAGGAGAUAGUUGCUCAUAUAAAGAGAAUGAAGAGAUUGAAAGAACUACAAAAAGACAGGAUGUUGGGUGAAUCUAAAAAGGAGCAGCCACCCAAUAAGCUUUCAAAUGUGCAAGAAGAACCAAAAAAUCAAGAACUUGUACAUCUGCACAAACACUCAGCGGUGCAAGAAAAUGUAAAUGCAAUGGAGGAUCUCAAUGUGCAAGAAAAUCAAGAGCUGCAGUUAAAUCCAGAGCAGAAAGAACAUCCAAUUGUGCAGGAACUCCAAAAACUGGAGGAAAAUUCGCACUUAAAGAAAAAAGAAGAAAUACAUGAAAAUACAUCCAAAGCUGCUGUCGAACCCAGAGCAGCAAAAGCAACCAGUUAUACAGGCCCACACUUAGGAGUAUUCAAAGCCUCAGAUAUACCCAGAGCUGCAAAAUCAAUUUGAACUCCAGGGACACCCAAAGGUGGUGGAAAAUGAAGACGUGAGAGUUGCAGCAACAAUCUGAGCUAUAAGAACAUGGACUGAUAUAAUGUAAAACGAAACUGAAAAGAUGGGGGAAAAAAUGUCUGAACUCUCCUGAGAGUUUGAAUUGAGAGGUAAUCUAGGGAGAGUUCAGCUGUGUUUUUUCCCAUGGGGCUUUCCAUUUCGACUUUUGAGAAAGGAUUUAAUACGAGAAGCAACAUAAUCUGUAGCGUGCACGAGGAGAGGGACAGGAGGGCGGACAACGAUACAGCGGCACCCUAUGUAACCUGCGCAUCAUCAGAGGCUGGAAACGUUGGGCAUUGCUAGCGUCACUCUGCAAGCUGGAGGGGUGGAUGGGGAGGCCCAGCUAGCAGUGACGUAACCCAAAUAAAAUGAAACACAGCAAUGCUACCAGGAAAAAACAAUGUAGUUGCAUUGUGAGGAAUAUAUAGGGUGUUGCUAUUUUAAAAUAAAUAUUGACCAUUGAUUAAAUAUCUGUUUUUAUCAUUAAAGGAGAACUUUAUUCUCAUCUCAGAAUGGAUGAACUGUAUGAAGUUCAUCCCUGAGGAAGAGCACAGUUGGUGCUCGAAA